ACCAUCGUACACAGCACUGUGACACAGUUCAGGAGACAGAUUUAGCCUUCCUUCUGAUGUCAUCGAGAUCUACAUUUUAAAUAAUGUACAGAAACGGAUUCCAACACUACAUAUGGAACAUAAUGUUCACCAUGGUUUGUUUGCUGACACGGUCAGGCCAUACCGCUACAAGUCACUGUAGCUCUGCCCGUGGUACCUCAAUCAUUGGUCAGCGUCUGGAGGGUUAUAUAAUGAGGACACUAGAUAACAUGGGGACCAAGCAGUGUGCGCAUGAGUGUUUUACUAGACCAGGUUGCUGGUCUUUUAAUUAUCACACUAACAUGACUUGCGAGCUUAAUGCGGACUCGGACAGCGGUCAGCCGGGAUCACUCAGCCAACAUACAGGCUAUACCUACAGCAAUAUAGACACGUGGACAGGGUUUUCAGGAAACUGCAACAGGUCCAUUUGCUCUGCAGGUCAGAAAUGUUUUGAAUUUACUUCCAGAACGCAAUGUAUCUAUACAGAAUGUACGGAUCAGCCUCUAUUUGGGGUCAUUGCCGCCAUGAACACAGGAGUUGUUGGCCAGUCCUUCCCAGCCACAUGCACAUCCGGUUAUGAGCCGAUAGGAAUUGGUGCCAAUGUCACAUGUAUGGGAACUGGUGCAUGGGAGAUCACAUCCAGUUACUGUUACCGGAUGUACUCAUCUGACUGGAUGUUGAUGGCAAGAUUCGGAAGUGGAAAUGGUGAGGCGACAUACGACACGUGGUUGGAGAACGGACGGGAUGACAACAAGAAUACGCUAACUCCGAACGAAUGUAAAGACACUAAUACUUCAAGUGUAUGUACACGUCACUUCCGGAGUGGACUUAUUGACGAUUGGAUUACGCUUAACCCUACAGAGGCAAAGUUUUCGCUCUAUAGAGCUGGUAUUGAGGUAGUCUAUGCUACAUUUAAUGCUUCGGAUACAGACUCAACAUCGUGGUUUGCAAAGGAAAGGCUUCUUUCUACUUCUUUUACUGAUUUAAACAGAACUUCCACGUCCAAUUACUUCUCUGUGUUCGGUUCUGGUGAAAGCCGCAGAUUCUAUAUCAACAGGAGUUACGGUGGUUGUAUUAACGACCAUGGAUGGGUUCAAACUAUUGAUAGAAAGGGACCAUGUUUCUAUGACGAUGCUGUUGCCUUUCCUAAAUUUAUAUACUCACCGAAUAACUUAACUGGCUGGACUGGAACAGAUUCCCUUGUCGCAGAUGUGCUCGCGAUCUUCGUGAAGAUGUAGACCGUUAAACCGUUACUGAUUCAUAUAGCUCA